ACAGAAAAUGAGUAGCCGUCUCCUCAGUCUGGCACUCCUCCUCCUCCUCCUGGCUUGGCUCUCCAUCCUCUGCGCUGCGUCCCUGGACUCCUGUGCGUCCUGCGGCGGGGUGGUCCAUCAGGAGGAGGCUGAGAUGAACGGGGACUUCUUGGAGGCGGUGAAGAGACACAUCCUCAGCCGGCUGCAGAUGCGAGAGAGGCCCAACAUCACGCACCCGGUGUCCAGAGCAGCCAUGGUGACGGCCCUGAGGAAGCUCCACGCAGGGAGGCUGAGGGAGGACGGCCGGGUGGAGAUCCCCAACCUGGACGGACACCCGAUGAGCAACGAGGUGCUGGAGGAGAGCUCCGAGAUCAUCAGCUUCGCAGAGAAAGACGACAUGGUGACGUCCAAGUCCAGCCUGUUCUUCCUGAUCUCCAGCGAGGGGAACCAGAACCUCUACGUGACCCAGGCCAUCCUCUGGCUCUACUUCAAGCUGCUGCCGUCCCCGCUGGAGGUGCGUCCGCGGCGGAAGGUCACGGUGAAGGUGUACUACCAGGAGCCGGGCCUCGGCAGCAAGUGGAACCUGGUGGAGAAGCGGGUGGAGCUGAAGCGCAGCGGCUGGCACACCUUCACGCUGACGGACGCCGUGCGGUUGGUGUUCGAGAAGGGCGACCGGCGGCAGAACCUGGACGUGCGCUGCGAGGGCUGCGAGGCCGAGGGCGUCACGCCGGUCCUCCUCAACCAAAACGACGAGUCCCACCGGCCGUUCCUGGUGGUGCAGGCGAAGCAGUCCGACAGCAAGCACCACAUCCGGAAGAGGGGUCUGGAGUGCGACGGCAGCAGCAGCCUGUGCUGCCGCCAGCAGUUCUACAUAGACUUCCGGCUCAUCGGCUGGAACGACUGGAUCAUAGCGCCGUCGGGGUACUUUGGGAACUACUGCGAGGGGAACUGCCCGGCCUACAUGGCGGGCGUCCCCGGGUCCGCCUCGUCCUUCCACACGGCGGUGGUGAACCAGUACCGCAUGCGGGGGAUGAGCCCCGGCUCCAUGAACUCCUGCUGCAUCCCCACCAAGCUCAGCACCAUGUCCAUGCUCUACUUCGACGACGAGUACAACAUCGUGAAGCGGGACGUUCCCAACAUGAUCGUGGAGGAGUGCGGCUGUGCUUGAGCGCGUUUCUACUCCGGUUUAUUUAAGGCGGAACUGAAGAUUCACACUAUUACAACGUCGAAAAGAUUAUAGAAACAGAAUAUUUAUGGACGAUGGAGUAAAACAUGCGCACCCUCAUG